AAGGCUUACAGAAUAUCUGCAAGUCGUCUGAAUUUGACGAAUUUGACAAGUUUGCGGCGAAAAAGCUGAUUGAUACUUACAAAGAGGAUAAACGGAAAUGUACAAAAUUGCUUAAUUCUCACUCGGCUAGGAUGGCUAUUCUCCAGAAUAGGUUUUCAUUGUUGGUUAGCACUGCGAAGUCUGCGAAUGCCACAAUAAACGCGACGUUCACAGAAGCUGAUGACUCACUACGUAGACUUGAAACACCAAAGAAUAUUACAAGAGCAACGGGUCAUUCUUGUAAAUCACCAGAUCAAUUCGAUACAUCACCAGAUCAAUCGGAAAUUGUUCCAAGACGUCUUUUUAAUCAAGCUGAAUUGGACUUUUUUGUUGCGGGCCCACAAAGUAGCAAACGUAAUCACGAUUCUGAAGAAGGAGAUGACACUGAAGAUUACAGCGCGGAUCAAACUAUCACUGGAGGUAAAAAUAUUUCUUGGGUUGUAGACGGUCUUGACAUUCGAAAAAAGUUCACAGAGUAUCAGCUAGAAACAAAGUUACCGAGAACCAAACCAGAGUACUAUGACGUAAUUUUUUUCGAUGCUCUAGAUAAAAGUUGUUUUUUAGAGACACUGGAAGAACAUACGGUUGCGCAAAUGCUCAAUGAUAUAACAGAGGAGGAGAAAGAAACGUCAAACAAUAUAGAACAGGAAAUUAAAUCGUUAUUAAGUGAAAUUAUUUCUCGUGAUAUCAGCAUGUCUAAAAAGAAACUUAAGCAGUGGAAAGGACCAAAUGAACCAUCAUUUGAAAGUGAAUUUGCGGUACACUUUGUAAAUCACAUGAUAGAGCUGAUGGAAGACACAAAUUUGCUUCUUGAAUCUAUGUCCGAAGGAACUUACAUUGUCAGUGUAUUAGGACCAAUUAUCAAUAAACUCUUUAUAAAAAAUAAAAAGGGUUGGCGCGUUAAAUAUGGCGAAACUUGUCUCAAAGCAAGUGCCAAAGACUGCAAUUCACAGAAGGAAGAUGACGAACGCAGAUCUGCUGGAAGGAAGAUCGAUGCAAUUAUUACUUUGAAAGAGGAAGACGAAGAAUUUUCAGUCGUUGAAGUAAGUGGCCCUCCAUCAAAACGGGAUUGGACACAUUUUAAAGGCGAUCGGAUGAAGAUUGUAAAGAUGCUAAAGACCUUGAUAAAUCGAUUAGCUGAACUUCGCCCUCGUUCUGAUAUUAGAAAAAUUAAGCUAUACGCAAUGCAGUCGUAUUUACAUGAGAUUAUUAUUUAUGAAUUCCGACUUAAAUAUUCUGAGAUUUACACGAUGAAAGAAAUUUUAAGAUUUUCCUUUCCAAAGACGUGGAAGGAUAUGAAAGAGGCUUACGAUGUUGUAAUGGACUUACUAAAAUACGAACGUUUACUAUCUUCAAGCUCGGAAGGGAUACAAGAAUUUUUGUGGCAUGAAUGCAAGGAUUCUCAAAAAAUGACCACACGAAUGAUUUAUUCUCCUGGUAGACGCACUAAGAAAGCACGAACUACUUAA